CUCACAGCCUUACCUCCGCGCCGCCCCACACCUGACUUCUUCCCCUCCUAUUCCCUCCCCGCGGCGGACUUGCAAAGUCGUGUGGCUUCCUGGGUAACCACUGCAUACUCUGCUGGUAUCCUCGAGAGAAAACCCUCUCGUUCUGCUCACUCAUUUCCCCUCGCUUGAGUCUUGGCCGUUCACCCACCUGUUCGCUCUCACAACGUAUUCCGUACAACCAAUUCGACCAGGGCCAACCCGUAGUUACCUCACCAUGGCCACGGUCGAGCACUGCCUCUACUGCUUCGAGGCCUUGGCCGCCAAUCUCGAGGACCGCAAGCCCAUGACCCUUACCGAGGUACAGAAGUCCUGGGCCGAGUACACGCGCUCCGCCGAAGCGGAAGCCGACGAUGCCGAAGAUGCCGCCACCGGCAGCAAACUGCCCAAACGCCUCCCCGCCCUACGCCGGAUCACGGAGGCCUCGUCUUCUUCAACAAGCAGCGCAUCCUCCGCGUCCAACAGCACCCUCUCCCUCGGCCCAGACACCCCGGCCACUUCCACCUCCUCCGUCUCCGCGCCGCCCGAGCCCGAGCCCAUCACCGAAUCCCCGCUCUUCGUAACGUGGAACACCAUCUCCGCACGGCACGGGGAGCGGUCCCUGCGCGGGUGCAUCGGCACGUUCGAGCCACAAGACCUCGACGAGGGGCUGUCCUCGUACGCGCUGAUCUCGGCCUUGCAGGACAUGCGGUUUAACCCAAUCACGGCGCGCGAGCUGCCGUCGCUCGAGGUCGCCGUCACACUGCUGACCGACUUUGAGGACGCCGACGACGCGAUGGACUGGGAGCUAGGCAUACAUGGCCUGCGCAUCUCGUUCUACUACCAGGGCAAGCGCUACGGUGCGACAUACCUCCCCGAUGUGGCGGUCGAGCAGGGGUGGACGAAGGAGGAGACGAUCGUGAGCCUGAUGCGGAAGGCCGGUUGGGUUGGGAGGAAGGACAGGUGGCAGGACGUGGACCUCAAGGUAGUCAGGUACCAGGGGAAGAAGGAGAGCUUGGAGUAUGGGGAGUUUAAGAGGUGGAGGGACUGGGUGGAGAAGGCUGGGCAGUGAUGGAUUAGGGUUUCUGGUACAAGGGCGUCAAGGAGGUUUAGAGGUGAGGACCUUGAGGGCCGGUUUUUAAGAGGAUACAGGGUCGGUCAUGAAUACGGAGUUGAGGGAUAUGGGCUGGUGGCGUUAGGAAGAGGUUAUAGGACGUAAUGCCGAGGCCAUCUACCGGAAUUUCUGGCUAGCUAUUUAGCAAGAUUUAUCAAGAGGCAUAAUAGGUUCUCGCACAUGGAGGAGGGACAGGCACUAAGUUUCUGGAAUACGUAUUUCUUUCAAUAUGCAAGGUUCACACGUAGCGAACCGGUUUCGGAGUGAUGCAUAUCUUACCUAGUGACGACUCCAGUGCUUGGGCA